AUGGUCAGGCUACCGAGGCAAGAUCGGCUCGACGAGACCAGUAAAGCAAUGGCGAUCUUCAAGAAGGACAAACCCCUCCACAUCAAAACCCGCGAAUGGUCAUACCAAUACGGAGACUUCUACCACUUCAAGAUCGGGCGAUCUCCCGUUUUCGUUCUCAGCAGUCCAGAAGCAGUCAACGACCUCUUGAUCAAGCAGGGCUCCGUGUACAGCUCACGACCACGCCUCUCGAACCAGGCCAGCCUGAUCACGCAGAAUUCGAGGAUCGUCGCGUUGCCGUACAAUGACCAAUGGCGCAAACAACGGAAGCUCUACCACGAUCUCCUCGGCAUGCAGAACUCCAAGAUUUUCAUGCCCUUCCAGGAAUUCGAAUCUCGGCAAUCUUUGUUGAACCUGCUGGAGCAUCCUGAUGAUUUUUGGAAAGAAGUGACAAGGUACUCGGCCAGCGUUACCUUUGGCAUGCUGCUGAGAUGCCGCUUCGAAUCGUCAGAGGCUUUGAUCCCACGGAAACUCCAAGCCAGAAUGGGCCUGAUGUUCGAGAGCAUCGCACCCGGUCGCUGGCUGGUAGACUGGAUCCCGGUUCUGGAUCGCCUCCCCGAUGUGCUGGCGCCGUGGCGAAGGAAAGCAGUCCAGCUUCGCGAGCAGAUUAUGCCGUUCUUCGCGGUGUUCUAUCAUCGGAUCAAGGAACGGGUAGACCGGGGCGAGGCGCCGGUGUGCUUCCUCGCGAGCAUCCUCCAGGAGAAGGGAUCGAACUUGAGACCAGAAGAGCCCCCACAUAUCAUCGCCACGACCAUGGCGGCAGGCACAGACACGACCGCCACAACGCUGCAGCACUUCGUCAAGGCGGCCGUGAUGUUCCCCGACGUUAUGAGAGAGGCACAGAGGGAAAUCGACUCUGUCGUUGGACGCGACCGCCUUCCUGGCUGGGAGGACCGCCCCAACCUCCCCUACAUCACCGCCAUGAUCACCGAAACCCACCGCUGGGCCAGCGCCGUCCCCCUAGCCUUUCCCCACGCGACGAGCCGACAAGACACAUACAGAGGCAGCACGAUCCCCGCAGGCGCGACCGUCAUCGGCAACGUGUCCGCCAUCCACAACGACCCCAAGGUCUUCCUGAAGCCCGAAAUCUUCAUGCCAGAACGAUACCUCGCCCGAACAGAUCCCCGCGCUGCCCCGGAAGCCAGCAACAUCGACUGUCACUAUUCGUACGGCUUCGGCCGGCGAGAGUGUCCUGGGAAACAUGUCGCGGAUGCGAGUCUUUAUAUCGUGAUCAGCCGUAUGCUGUGGGCGUUUGAUUUUGUGGGCAAUCCGGAGAAGACUCCUGGGCCGGGAUACUCUGGCGGUCCGGUGUAUGGACCCGCUCGAUUCGAGGCGACGGCGAGGCCACGCGAUGAGGCAGUGGCGCCGUUGAUCCGGGAGGAGGCAGAGGCGAAUCGUCCGGCUGAUGUGGAAGAUUCUGCGGUUUAUGAGAAGCUGGUCGCUGGUAUGCCGUAG